AUUUGGCAGCCAUGACAACGAACUUUUCAACACAUGAAUACCGAAGAUGAAGCGGAAGGUUUUAUCCCUCAAAAAGCAUCAAAAAAAGUCCCUGAAAUGCACCGUGUACUUGGACAUCCAGAGAGUAACAUGCCCAGGAGUGCUUCUGAAUAAGAAGAACAACAUAUACCUCAGUGUGUGCAUCAUGGGCCAGUUCAGAAAGACCCCGUAUUUGCCCCCUGUCUUCCCUUUAUUGUUCAAUCACAAAAUGGUUUUUGUCAAGACUUUCUCUGGCAUUGUUGACCCUGCUGAUGUAGCUGAACUCCUUGAAGCUGACACAACAUUUUUUGAGCUGAUUCAGAUGGUCCCUCCAGAGGGUGAGAUCCUAGCCACGAUGCAGGAAUGCACCCAAGACUUCCUGUUCCCUGGUCCCAGACUGAGCACCGGAAGAGGAGCUGCAGAAAAAGAAGUACUGAUGAGGAGAUCCCCCUUUUUUCCUGGAAUCUCCCCCAAAGUGGAGUUUGCUACGACAUCAGUCAUAGAGGAGAGUGAUGGGAGAGAGAGCUGUGCUGCUUCAGCUACAUGUUGUCUUUCUCCAGUGAGGCCUCCUUUAACCCCAUCCAAACAAACUCCAACAAAAAAGUCUUCAUCGGCCAGUGGGCAUCGUUCCCAGUCAGUUAAUGGGAACUGUUCUACCUCUAAAGCUGGGAAGCCUAACGUUGGGGCCAGAAUCUCAAACUCUGCACCGUCAUCACCAUCCAAGCGUUCUUCUCUCUCAUCUCUAUCUGGCUGCCGUCUUCAAAAAGACAAAAAGGAAAGGAACCCUACUGUCACCGCGGUUUCCGAGGACGCUGGCUACCAACAGCCCACGGUUUCCUCAAGGACACGAGCUUUGUCUCCUUACACGCACCGGCGGAUGUGCCAGCUCUCUGAGGACUCCAGGCAAAGACUCAGCCACCUCCAGCUGGGUCCUCACCACUUUAAAAAGGAAACCAAAAGCCAGCCGCCCUUCUUGGUUUCUCAUUGCAGUUCCUUGUCUGAGGUGGCGACACCUUCCUCUUCGUCUCUGAACGGCAGUCUGCAUCAGCGCUCCGUCCGUUUUUCACUCGAUCACACAGAUUCUUCACUUUCUGGGAGUUACAGACCAAGACCAUCCAGAAUGGAUGGGGCUUUGGAGAGGGAGCAGUUGCCCGUGGAGACGCCGUCCAGAGACGAGCCCCAGACCCAGAACCCUGUGAGAGGUUCUGCCUCCGCUGAGUCCAGCCGGCGCGUGUCCGACCACAGAAGUCCUUUAAACGCCAGCAGCCUCAGACGCAGAUUUCAGAUAAGUCCAUCCUCCUGGGAGCAGAUCCACAGCCGAGUCCAGAAGCUGCUGCAGAAGCAGAAAACCACCCGGGACCACAACGUGACAUUUGACCUUUAACACACCGAUGAGAGUAAAACGCAAUAAAGGCUACAAUAACGGUGCUGGAGUAUAAAGAAGCAACAUUUGUGUUUUGCGUGUGAGACGAACACGUGGCUUUAGCUGCAACCGUCAAGGGCUCCACGCUUGUAAAACAAAACGGAGGCGAGAUGGUCGGCAAGACCCACCGCUGGGAAACUGCAGCUUCUAGAGACUAAAGAGACUUGAGCGAGUGAGGAGAAAAAGUAAUUCUGGAUGGAAUGCAAAAAUAAAAACAUUGUUGCAUGGAAACAUUUUAAAUACGACCUGUGCACAGCUGUUUGCUGCUGACCAUAAGGUCAGCCGUUUCAUCUGUGAUCAUAUUUUGAGGUUUAUCGCCACUAAUAAAAAAUGAAGUGCAUCUUUAUGAGCUCAUUCACCCUACGUGAUACUAAAUAUGGAAGAUUAUGUUUUACCAGAGGGAAACACUAACAUCAUAAAUGACCAUCUUUACUUUUAUUGCACUUUGACUAAAUGUAUGAGUGACUUUUUGAACCGCCGUUCUGACCCACGGCGGUUC